AUUUCCUUGAACGUUUGGCUGUUCUUAAUGUAAAAUUUUGAUAUUUAUUUUUAAAUCAUUUCUUUUAACUUUAUGAAGUAUCUUAGUUAUAAUUGUAAUAAAAAAUAGUUACUACAUCUUUGUGUGUGGCGACCUUUUCCCACAGAGGUUUGGCGAAAAUGGAUUUCAGUAAAAUUAUCGUCUUGUGGAUUGUGGUUUGCACCAUUACGUACAGUCAUUCUUUUGACAUGCUCAGUACCAUGAGCGACAUUUACAAAAGAACUUGCCAUACUUAUUUUUACCUCUUUUCACAGACGAAAUGCAUAAAAGGCGUCGAGUGCUUCAACAACGGUCCGCCUUGGUAUGAACCACUGCUAAGGCCCUACAGUGCUUUACCUGAAGACUUGGAGGACGUCCAAUAUUAUCUAUUCGGUCCACAAUAUUCGAUGAAUCCUUAUACACUGAAGGAUUCCAGGAACUCUAUUCUAGCCUCUCCGUUCAAUUCAACCUUACCUACCAAAAUUUUAGUCCACGGCUACAAAGCAGACCAGAAACAGCUUCAAGGCCAAUUAAAACAGAAAGAUGUCCUCCUCAGCGUGGGUGAUUACAACAUUAUUGUAGUGAACUACUCCAAGUAUUCCUUCGCUCCAUUCUAUCAGGCAGCUGCCAAUAUAAGAGUUGUGGGAGCAAGAACUGCUUUGCUCUUAAAAACAAUCAUGAAUGUAACUGGUGUUAGAGCUGAAAGUAUGCAUUGUAUAGGCCCAAGUUUGGGAGGACACGUAUGUGGAUAUAUAGGAAAGAGAAUACACAAUUUUGGAAGAAUAUCAGCUCUUUCACCAGCCGGUCCUUACUUCAGUGGUACAGCUACUAUCGUACACCUAGCACCAUCUGAUGCUUUAUUCGUCGAUACUAUUAACACAGCAGGUGGAGGCUUGGGGACUCUUCAACAUUUUGGACAUCAGAAUUUUUUCCCUGAUGGGGGCGUGCAAGAACCUGGAUGUGGAAAUGAUACUAGCUUUUUAAACCUUCCGGAGCUUGUUCGAGAAAAUAUAUGUGAUCAUAUCCGGGCGAUAGACCUGUUUACGAACUCCAUCAAUGAUACCAACUGUUCUUUCAAAGCUGUCAACUGCAGCAGUUACGCAGAUUUCGUUAACAAGAAGUGCGCCAAUUCUACAGUCGCCAUCAUGGGUUUUCACGCCAAGCCAAUUCCCGCCAUCGAACCGGAAGACUCUUUAUUCCUCAGAACUGGCGCCACAGAACCUUACUGUGUCCAGAACAGUGAAAUGCCACCUGACAUUCACACCGUCACUGCUCUGAAAAGCAGAGGAUCGUAUUGGGAGAAUAUUUUAAUAAGAGAAGUUAUACUAUUGUUAAACUUGGAAUAAAUACAUCUAUAUAGUUUGUCUACUGUCAGAACUCCUCCCGCCACAAAAUCUGAGGCCGUCUGAUGCUAUGGAAACAAGAAUAGCACAUUUCAGGGAGGGUAUAGCUUCUCUUCAAUCUAGGGAUAACACAAUAGACCGAAGAAAAAGAUUCCUUUUCUCUCACCGACCAGUGCCAAAACCUGUCCUAAACAAUGACCCCACACCCCUACUUGAAAUAGUUAUAUCUCAUAACCAUAGUCACAGCCACUGGUCCAGAUGAAUGACUAGGGGAGUUCUUACUUCAGACAAAUGUAUGCAGGAAACUAUGCAAACUACAACUAUAGUUUGUCUAAGAUAAGAAGUCCUCCUGCCACUAAGUCUGAGGCUGUCUGGUGCUAUGGAAACGAGAAUGGCUCAUUUUAGGGAGGGUAGCUUUACUCUAAGACUAACACAAUAGACUGAAGAAAGAGAUUCCCUUUCGCCGGAACCACUCCAAAGCAGUGACCUCGCACCCCUACUUGAAAUAGUCAUACGUCGUUACCAUAGUCACCGCCACAGUUCCAGACGUAUGUCUGGGGGAGUUCUUAUUUUAGACAAACUAUAUACACCAUUGAAAAGUAAACACAAAAAUAUGUUUUAUACCGAGAGGAAAUACGAUUGCUAAACACUUUCAAGUUUCAAUCGAACAGAUUUCUGUACAAUAGCCUUCCUAGAUUUUGAUUUGAAAGAUUUUGAUAGUGUUAUGUUAUUUAUUAAUUUGCAACCCAUAAUAUGUUUGUUUUUUAAUCUACAUAUUCUACCAAAAAUUCAAAAAUGAACUGUGUUUAUAGAGUUUCUAAGAACUGUGUUUAUAGAGCGUACUGUACAUUUGUCUCAUCAGAAAAGAAAUAAAAAAUCCGAUAAAAUAAAGGUCUGAUUGUGAUACAAAGCUGAAAAAGUAUUAGUCCAUGAAUUUGAUACUUAUUUGAAUAUUCUUAUUUGCUGUGCUAUAAGAAUUUUGUCGAAUAAAUUGCGUAUUUUUCUAUUUUACGUGUCUCUUACAUUUUACUUUAACAUAAAAAGUUCUGUGUACUCAUAUCACUUACUAUUCAGAGCGGCAAAAUUUUCAAAAUUUCAUCAAAAAUCUUAA